GCAUUCGUAAAAACGUCGCAGUCGUCGCUGUGCCGACUCGAGUGUUGAGGUGUCCUGUUACGCAAAGACCUUCCCGACUCUCGCCCCCUCCCCGGCAUAUUUAUCUGUUGAUAUUCUCCCUGUCAGCCCGAAGUCAUGGACCCUGCCUUCGAAGGAGCUGGUGCCGAGCAAGGACUGCAAAUAUGGAGGAUAGAGAACUUCGAGGUGGUUCCCUACCCAAAGGAGAAGUAUGGCCAGUUCUACCAGGGCGAUUCUUACAUCGUCCUCUUUACCAAAGAUGAUGGAGGUAACAAGUCUUACGACCUCCACUUCUGGCUGGGAUCAGAAUCCUCACAGGACGAGGCAGGAGCUGCUGCGAUCAAGACCGUGGAACUUGACGAGCAACUGGGCGGUGUUCCUGUCCAGCACAGAGAAGUGGAAAAUCACGAGUCCUCUCUGUUCCUCUCAAGGUUUAAAAAUGGUAUCAGAUACCUGAAGGGAGGAGUGGCUUCAGGGUUCCAUCAUGUUGAUCCAGAUGAAGCUUACCCUGCCCGUCUCUUCCACGUCAAGGGUCGCAGAAAUGUUCGCGUCAGGCAGGUGGAGGCCAGUGUUGGUGCCAUGAACAAGGGUGACUGCUUCAUCCUUGACUGCAGGGACAAGGUCUACGUUUAUGCGGGACCAAGCAGCAGAAGAAUGGAGAGACUGAAGGCCAUUCAUGCUGGCAAUGCCAUCCGUGAUGAUGAUCAUGCUGGCAAGUCGAAGGUCAUCAUCAUUGAUGAGACAGCCACAGGUAAUGAAGUAGGAGAGUUCUUUGAGAACCUUGGUGGUGGGUCUCCCGAUGACAUUGCCGAAGAAGACACAGCGAUGGAUGACUCUGAAUUUGAACGACAUGAGUCUAAAGUAGUGACCUUGCACCAUAUCUUUGAAGACAGCUCUGGCGCAAUGCAAACAAAGAUGAUUGGUGAGAAGCCACUGUUGCAGUCUAUGCUGGAUUCAGGCGAGAACGAGCAGGAUUGCUUCCUCCUGGACACUGGAAACAGCGUGUAUGUCUGGAUUGGCCGUGGAUCCAGCAAAAAUGAGAAAGUCAAGAGCAUGGAAAUGGGAUCCUCAUAUGUGGAACAAAAGGGUUAUCCAAAGUGGAUGGGGGUUCAGAGGGUUGUGGAAGGAGCAGAACCAGCUGUCUUUAAGUCCUACUUCAAGACCUGGAAGGAACCUGAAGAGCAAGUUGGCCUUGGACGUGUGUUCACCAAGCGCCAGAUUUCUACUGUGUCUGCUGCUGAUGUAGAUUUUGAUGUCAGUUCAUUACAUGCUGAGAAAAGGCGCCUUUUGCGGAAAAGUGCUGGUCCUGCAUUUGGCUUCAUGCCAGAUGAUGGCUCAGGAAAGAUUGAGAUUUGGCGUGUGGAGGACUUUGAGCUCCAGCCUGUUGAUGAGAGCACACAUGGCUUCUUCUUUGGAGGAGAUUCUUACGUUAUGAAGUACACCUACGAGCUUGAAGGCAGAGAGCGUUAUAUCAUUUACUUCUGGCAAGGCGUUGCAAGUAGCCAGGAUGAGAGAGCAGCCUCUGCAAUUCAUGCUGUUCGCCUGGAUAAUGAACUGAACGGUAAAGCUGUCCAAGUGCGUGUUGUUCAGGGGUAUGAGCCUGCACACUUCCUAAGGAUCUUUAAGGGUCGCAUGGUGGUGUUCCUUGGUGGCAAAGCUUCCGGCUUCAAGAACGUUCAUGACCAUGACACCUAUGAUGUCGAUGGUACACGUCUGUUUAGAGUUAGAGGAACUUGCGAUCUUGAUACAAGAGCUAUCCAACAACCAGAAGAGGCAUCUUCCCUGAACUCAGAUGAUGCCUUUGUCUUAGAAACCCCUAGUGCCACCUAUCUCUGGAUUGGAAAGGGAGCAAGUGAGGAAGAGAAGUCCAUGGGUGAAAAGGUUGCCUCGUUGGUAUCACCUGGACGUGAUACUCAGACAAUUAAUGAAGGAAAUGAAGAUGAUGGAUUCUGGAGUGGACUGGGAGGAAAAGGAGACUACCAGACUGCACGUGAUUUGGACCGUCCAUUGUUGUACCCAAGGCUGUUCCAUUGCACAAUUUCACCUGCUGGAUGUCUUAGGGUCCAUGAAGUUUCCAACUUCUCUCAAGAGGAUCUGAAUGAAGAUGAUGUGAUGGUCUUGGACUCUGGUGAUGAGGUCUACAUCUGGGUUGGCCAAGGCUCUGAUGAUCAGGAAAAGGAAAAGGCCUUCUCUAUGGCAGAGAACUACAUCAGGACAGACCCCACAGAACGUACCCUGAGCUCUACGGUGCUACUUCGUGUCAACCAGGGAGAGGAGCCUGCUGCAUUUACCAGUAUCUUCCCAGCUUGGAAUCCUGAUUUAUGGCAGCAAAGCCCUGCAGUGCAGAAGUCCACCGCUAAGCCUCAAGCAUCAGAAGGCAAAGUUCAUAUUGAAAAGACUUCAUCCAAACACCUAAAAGUAAAGGCAACUUCAGAAUCAAAGGAAGCACAAGAAAGACAGUCAAGCUUGAAUGAGAAGUCUCCAAAGCCUGAAAUCCCUCCAACAAAGUCUGUAGUAUCUCCUCCAAAAACUGUUGAGGUUCCUUCCUCAAAACCUUUUGAGGUUCCACCAUCAAAGCCAGAAGAGGCAGCAGAGAAUUUUCCUGCAAAGGCUGAUGAGGCCCCUGAGGCCACACAACCAGAGAAUCUCAGAAAGGGCUCUGCCCCAAAAUCAGAGCCAACAAAGUGGUGCUUUUGCCAGUGACUUUGAAAGAAAUUCCAAGUUAUGAUGAUGUGAAGGCGAAGUUGGCAGAGGCGAAUGCUGCUCGAGAGUGAAGAAAACCAAAGAUUUAAAUGGAGAAAUCUGAAGUUGUUGCUUCAUAUUCUUUUAUUUAGGAAUGCUGUCUGUGUUCUGUAGCUUUGUGAUCCAAAUUUUGUCAUACCAAACAUUGAAGUUUGAGAUAUAUAUUAAUGGAGCUUAGUAUGUAUAGUAUUUCAGAAAGUUAUUACGGUAAAUCAAUUUUCAGCCAGCUGACUUAUGUGUAUUUAGUAGUAUGUAUUAGGAUUUAAGUUAAUAAUUUGAUAACUUUUUUCAAUUGCUGUUGACUAUAUUAAGAAUGACUUAAUUUAGAAUCAAGGUGGUGCUUCAUUGCAUUGGUGCCUAGGGCAUUGCUUAAGGAAGAUUUGGGGCAACUGGUUUGUAAGAAAGUGUUCAUCAGAAAUUUCAGGACUAUAGUGCCUUAGACUGGGUAAUGAAAAAUAGUCACAAGGAACUUCAUAAUAUCACAGUUGAUGCCUUCCUUGUUCUUGCCAUACUUUUAAUAUAUAAGUAGAAUGCUUGGAUUCUGCACCUAAAUUUUGAUAUUCCUAAAAAAUUAUACUUCAGCGCUUAAGCACCUUACGAUAUUUCUUUAAUGCUGUAUGCAUAGUAUAUCUUAGAUUUGCAUGGUGUGCAAGGUUUUAUAAGAUGUUGACUAAAGCUCUUAUAAACUAAAGAAUGCACUUAAUUAUAGGUUUAUUUUAGACCUAGGAAUCAGGUUGUAAUUUCAGUAAAAGAAUGGAAACAACCUUGAAAAAUGUUCAUAUUUUAGUGAAUUUGGUUCUGCAGAUUAAUAGUGGGCUAGGCUUCCAAUACUGUACUUAAUUAUUUUUAGAAUCAAAUUUACUUAGGCAAUAAGAAUUCCUUUAGAGCAGGCACGCACACAGAGAAUAGGUACUUCAGUUAUAGAUAUUUCUGUAUCAAUUUUUUCAUGGUUUUAAGCUAAAAAAUUAAGCUAUUUUAUGAUUAUAAUUACUUUUGACAUUGUCCAGCGUUUACUUAAACUUUGAUCUCUCUAGUCAACAUUAGGUUUUCUCAAAAUUUUUUCAUGUAUGCACAAAAUAUACUUUGAAAAUUACAA